UGGAGGUCUAGUUCCGUCAUCCUCUUAGGUUUUAGUGCAACGGCAUCUUUCUAUCACCCACCACACGCCAAAAACCGGUGCAGCAAGGAAUUACUGAACCUCGACUCACCACGAUUGUCGCCUGCCUCUGCCACGACAGAUCGAAAUCGCCGCAAAACACUGAUCGAGCUCGUCCACCAUGGAACAGGGUCCUCCUCAACCGGGCCCAGGGCAAAUGCCCAUGCCGCCUCCUGGCCAGAUGCCCACGCCCGAGCAAAUCCAGGCGAUCCAAAGACAGCUUGCCAUUGAUGCCGAAAAGGCUGGCAUGACCGUUCCCGAGUUUGUCGAGCAGCUCAAGAGACAGCAUCAGCAGAUGAUGAUGAGACAAAUGCAACAACAGCAACAACAACAACAAGGAGGAGCACCACCUCCGGAAGACGGCCACCAGCACCAGCACCAGCAUCAGCAUCAGCAUGGCCCUCCCGCCGGUCAAGCCCGGCCCAUUGUUCCCGGCCCGCCUAAGCCCGAAGCGAUCGCUCUCGCCAAGUUCCUCCGCAGCCAGGAACUCAAGCCCCGUACCGUCAUCCUCAAUGGCGAACGCAAGGACAUGUUUAGAGUCAAACGUGCCCUCCGUGCUCUCCAGUCCCCCGCCUACGAAAAGGCUCGCAAGAAGAACCCCCUCCUCCCCGAGAUUACCGACCGCGCGUCCCUCGAGAACACGUUCAAGCUGCUGCCCAUGUCCAUGCUCGCUCUGCGCGUCACAAAGAUCGACCCGCACGAGGGCCACGACCACCCGCCCACUAAGAAGCCGCACGGCGGCGGCAAGCGCGUCAAGGGUCUGUGGACGGUGCGGAUCGAGCCGCAACAGGACGCCCAGGACGACAUGUACUACGUGUGGCUGUGGGAGGGCAGCCAGGUCAUGCGCAAGGUCUACGCAGCGCUCGCACUGCUCGUUAUCUUUGCCGUGGUACUGUACCCUCUGUGGCCUCUCAAGAUGCGCCAGGGAGUUUACUACCUCAGUUGGGGUUUCCUGAUGUUCUUGGGUCUGUUCUUCGCCAUGGCUAUCUUCCGGGUUAUCCUCUUCUGCAUCACGUACUUUGUGCUAUCGCCAGGUUUCUGGUUGUUCCCGAACCUGUGGGAGGAUGUCAGUGUCGUGGAAAGCUUCAAGCCUGUCUGGGCUUGGCAUGAUCCCAAUCCCAAGAAGAAGAAGAAGAACAAGUCCAAGACCCCAGCGGGAAGUGCCAAAGCCAAUGCUACGUUUGCCGCUACUACUGGCCAACCUGCUCCGGCUACUGCUGUCACCACUGCUACCGACACUCAAGUUGCUACUGCUACACCUACAGCGGCAGCACAGCGAAACUAUGUUGCACCGAAGGUGGAGGAACUUGCGGACGAUGAGUAGGGACUGGUACUUGACUAGGCAGUUGUCGUGGAAUUUUUUCAAAGGGAAGGGAGAUCUUUCGUCUCAAACUCAUGACCACCGGCCAAAUAUGUGCUGCGGCAGAACAACGCGGAUGCCGUCGUGGUGGUCAGUUGGCCCCAGGCGGAGGUGUUCUAACUCUCGGUGAACUGGGGCAGCUUAAUAGGACGAGGGAUGUAUCUGGUCUAAGCCAAGAUGUGAGAGGGUUUCUUUGAUUGGCGUUGUUUUAUUUAUGAUAUCUCCGGGGUUAAAAGACCAAGAAAGAGCUGCUUCACUGGAGACACGAAAAAAUGACCGCUAGUUCAAGAUUCAGAGUGGUGCAAUAAUCAAAUGUAUCAGACCAUUCUGAAGCUCAAAUAGAGGCACUAUCUAAGUAUUUCGUACAUCAUUGAUUUUGUGAGCUUCGUUGAUUUCGCGA